GACCAUAGCCACCACAUUGCUUCCCUCUUCUCAGACACAGUUGCUCUGAAGCAGGAACCGGUUGGUUUGUGCUCUCCGCGCAAAGAAAUCCUAAAGAAAUGAGAGGACAACAACAAAACGGAGUAGUUUGAAAAUCUGCUUCACAAACUGGGGUUUUUGUUUUGCGUUUUUGCAGCUUUAAGGCUCAUCUUCCUCCGCUUCGUCCUGUUGCUCUGCAAGCUCUCAUUGUAGGAGGAGGACUGGUCUCCCUUUUGUGUUGCUCUGCGGCUGUUUAUUCAACUUCUGCCUCCCUAAUUCGGCAUAGAGGAGGUGGUUUACUUCAGCUUUUCAUUGUGUCGUCCUAAACGGAAUGAAUGACAAAAACAAAGGAGGUUGAUGUCCAUAACUCUCCGACUCACCUCUCCUUCGCCUCGCCAAAGGAACGGAGACUUCAUCUCCGGCAGAAGAUGGAAAGCGGAGGCGGGACGGAGAGCUCGGACGGCGGCCAGGCGCAGCACGCGGUGCCCGGUCAGCCGCAGCAGCACCCCGGGGCUGAAACGGCGGCACAGCCCGCUCGCACGGGCGAGAAGAAGAAGAUAAACCGGGCACCGUCUCCGGCGAGACCGAAGGACGUGCCCGGCUGGUCGCUCACAAAAAUCCGCGGAGGGAUCGGGAGCACGACCCUGAGCGUCAAGCCCGGAGCUAUCCAUCUGGGCAGCCGCAUUUCCAGGCGCAGCCCUGUGGGCAGCCUCGCUGGAAAGGACGGUAAAGCCGAGAGGGGCGGUGGUAAAACAGUGGGAAAAUCUUCGCUGCUGUCCAAGACGUCGGCGUCCAAAGCGGCAAAAAGCAACAGCGGCCGGAGGAAGGUGUCGGACGCCAGCACAGGCUCCGACGACCUAUCCAAAGACUCUGGGUGCGCCGCGGGGAAGCUCUCCCCGACAGACAGCAGUUCCGAGCUUUCGGACUGCGCCUCCGAGGAAAACAAACUCUCAGCGGAUGCUGGGAGCAGCGACGCCGAGUCGAGGAGCAGCCGCGGCGCAGAGGGAGAGAAGCCGCUCGGGAGCAGAGCUGGUCAGCGAGCAGCCGCCAAGAACACCUGCUCCACCGCGGAGAAGGAUGAAAAGGAUCGGCUGUUUCUGAGCGUGGAGACCGGGGAGGAUAGCAUUUCCCCGGGCGAGGAGCGGUCGGCCACCUCGUUUGACAGCAGGGUGCCUGCCAGCACAUCCCUGGCGUUCUCAGACCUCACGGAGGAGUUUACCGAUGGCAUGCAUGAGGAGUACCUCAGGGAAAUAGAAGAGCUGAGAUCUGAAAAUGAUUACCUCAAAGAUGAGAUGGAGGAGCUGAGGUCUGAGAUGCUGGAAAUGAGGGACAUGUACAUGGAGGACGAUGUUUACCAGCUGCAGGAACUACGCCAACAACUGGAGCAGGCAAACAAAACCUGCCGCAUCCUGCAGUACCGACUGAGAAAGGCAGAGCGGCGCUCUCUGCGCGUAGCCCAAACGGGCCAGGUGGAUGGAGAAUUGAUAAGGACGUUGGAGCAAGAUGUAAAAGUGGCGAAGGAUGUCUCCAUCCGAAUCCAUAGCCAGCUGGACAGCGUGGAGAAGAAGAGGAGUCGGCUGGAGCAGGAGAACGAAGAGCUCCGAGUCCGGCUGCAGGACCUGGAGGUCGCCAAACAAGUCCUGCAGCAGGAGCUGGACAAGAACUCCCAGAAGAAAAGAGGAGCACGGUCCAGCAACAAACCGGACAAGAAGCCUGCUCCACAGGAAGACAAUUCAGACCUGAAAUGUCAGCUCCACUUUGCCAAAGAGGAGUCGGCCCUGAUGUGCAAGAAGCUGACCAAGUUGGUGAAGGACAGCGAGGCCAUGAAGGAGGAGCUGGCCAAGUACAGGUCUCUGUAUGGAGACGUCAACAGCUCGCUCACCGUGGAGGAGGUUGCCGACUCUCCACACACUCGCGAAGCUGAGGUCAGAGUUCACCUGAAGCUAGUAGAGGAGGAGGCCAACCUGCUGAGUCGACGCAUCGUGGAGCUGGAGGUGGAGAACAGGGGACUCCGAGCCGAGAUGGACGAAAUGAAGGGCUCACAAGACGGCCACCAAGAACUUUCUAGCGUUGGUCCAGGGGCCGGGCUCGGAGGGGCCGUGGUGCUUGGUGGAGGGGCCUCGUCCGAAAACGUCAUGGAGCUCCAGAGGCACCUGCAGUUUGUGGAGGAGGAGGCCGAGCUGCUGAGGAGGUCUCUGAUCGAGAUGGAGGAGCAAAACAAGCUGCUGAUGAACGAGAUCAACCGCUACAAAUCCGAACUCCCGCUUGCGACGUCGGCGCUGUCCGCCGAGUCGCUGAUGUCUCUGACGGACGGGCUGCUGAACGACAGCCACUCGGUCCAGGACGGGGCCGUGCUCAUCAGCACCGACACGCCGACCCCCGAGGAGGAACUGAGGCUGACGAGGCUUCAGGUGGGAGAGCUGAGUGGGAAAGUGAAGAAGCUGCAGUACGAGAACCGCGUGCUGCUGUCCAACCUGCAGCGCUGCGAUCUCGCCUCGUACCACGCUCCUUCUUCCUCGUCCUCCUCCUCGUUGAGGCUGGCUUUGGAGACAGACGCAGAAGCAGGAGACUCGGCUGAGUGCCUUCCUCUCAGCCCGCCUCAUCGCAAAGAGCCAGUGGGUGGUGAGAACGACGCCAUGGAGAUGGACGAACAGAAAAAGAAGAUCGAGGACAACGCUGAGACAACGACUCCGCUCUCUGGGUGCCUGGGGCAGAAGGACCGCGAUGCCUUGUUGGCCAUGAGGGACCAGGCUCGUUUGGUUUCCACUGCCAUACAGCUGCUGACCUCCCCCGAGUCCAACUGCCUGUCCUCCUCCUCCUCUUCUCCUUCGCUUUAUCACAAGGUCUGCAGCAAUGAGGCAGCAGAGCCGUGCGACCUGGAGAAACCUCAGCCUCACUGCCAGAUCUCGGAGCUUUCCGAUUUGGCGGACCGUCCUCUGGUUGGUGCUCUGACCAGCAGGCUUCAGGCCCUGCACACACAGCUGCAGGCCUUUGUAGAGCAGGUGGACGGCCUGGGUAAACCUCCAUCUGGGGGGAGAGAUGCUCAGGUGGAAGGGGCGUCCCCUCCAGCGUCGCCCUGCGCUUCCGUCCCCUGCUCUGGAGAUGGCCAGGAUCAAGAAAACAAAGUCGAGCACAAGCAGCCUGAUUAUAGGGACCAAUCAGAUCCAGACGAGAAAGAUGACACUUACCAGAGCAGCCAAUCCAUCAGCAACGACAUGCAAAAUCGGGCAGCUGGACAAACGGAGCAGGAGAAGGAGACCGAUCGUUCCACGCUCAGUGACCUGCAGGCGCAGCUGUCCACAGAAAAGGAGUCAGCCAGAGGAACUCUGGAGGAGCUGGAGAGAGAAAGGCAGAACCACAAAGGAAUCAGCCUGAGACUCUUACAGCUCCAGGAGGAGCACCAGAAGGCCUUGCUCCGACGGGACUUCCAGCUGCAGAGCCUGGGCCUGCAGGCUCGACUUCAGCAGAAGCUGUGGGGUCAGGAGAGGACUCUCCUCAUUCAAGAGUCCCAGCACCUGAAACAGGCUCUGUUGCUGCUGAGUCUGAAGUUGCGCUGCUUCCUCAAGCAGUGGAGGCUGGGCUGCAAGAAGGAUGCAGAGGGGAAAGAUGUUUUGGAGAUGAACAGCCUGAAGGAUUUGUACCUGCUGCUGGAGGAGGAGAGCCAGGCGGAUAAGAGAGCCUCUGCAGACGAACAGCCUCUCAGCCCGACCAUAAAGUCUAGUGCUGUGAGCAGCACUUUGGCAGACCUAAAGGUUGCUCUGCAGGACCUGAGUGCAGAGUUGAGACAAGAGAGACAAGGCUCCCAGGAACUUACUCAGCAGUUUGCAAAGGCCAAAGCAUCUUGGGAAGUGGAGAGAACCGAACUAAAGAGCCUCAUCACGCAGUUUGAGACCAAACUCGGGAAAACCACAGCAGCACUUUCCUCCCCUGAAACACUGGACCCUCUUGACCUGAAGGUGGCUCUUAAAAAGGAGCGUGAGGAGCACCAGCACCUCCUCGCCGAGUCGUACGCCGCCGUGAUGGACUUAACCAAGCAGCUUCAGAUCGGAGAGAGGAACUGGAGCAGAGAGAAGCUGGAGCUGCUGGAGAGGUUCAACCAGGAGAGAACUCAGUGGGAACAGAGACUGAGAGACGCUGCCACACAACAGGAGAAGUCGAAGCCUCCAGGUGACGAAUCCACCGCGGACACGGCGGGUGUUGUUAAUGGAGCAUCAUCGCCGAGGAUCGAAUCUACACUGGAGGACUCAGAGGGUAGCAGAUCUUCCUGUGCGAAGGACAAAGCACAUUUUGGUUCAAUGCCGCUUUUUACUGGAGCCGAGUUUGGGGAUGUAACCGUGAAGAACUGGACCAGCAUAACCAACGAGACCCCAGAGAUGGCUGACACUUGUAAAACCUGGGAUGGUCCAAGUGGUUCUUCUAGCAGCUCUGCAGCCUCUCAGAUGGACUUGGACUUUGUGCAGAGGAGCUGCACUGCUCCGGACCGGACCGGCAUCCGUAUCUACUACAGCCCUCCUGCUGUGAGGCGUAUGGAGCACCGGAGAAGAUACCAGGAGCCUCUGGAUUCUGAUGAAUACAGCAUUGGGGGCUCGUCUCUGAAGCAGAAUGACACGGACGGUGGCGUGGCCUCACUGGACGCGCUCGAUGCUCAGCACCGACAACCCGCCUCAUCGUUCACCUCUUCUUAUGAGCAGUGGCUCAGCUCGCUGUCCAAGCAGCACCGGGAGCUGCUGGAGAGCAGAGGCAGCAGCAUUUCCACGUCGAUGCCGAGCGUUUUCAGCAGCAGUGUCAGCAGCGGGGCGGCGAACAGGGUGGUGGACGGGAUGACGUCCAGUUCUCCCUUCCACAACCUGGAGAUCGGAGACAUCUCUGCCAACUUAAGUGACGACAUGAAGGAGAUGACUAACUGUGUCCGGCAAGCUAUUCGCUCUUCUUCUCUGGAGAGGAAAUCCAGCAAGGAGCCUGGGAGUCAGCCCGUUGGAGUGUCCAACAAGUCCACCCAGACUGCAGCUCAGGGUGUCAGCAUCGGGCUGCAGACAGAGACCAGCAGGGCAACGGGGUUGCACUCCAAAUCCUGGUCACCUCGGCCAACACCAACAACCACUUCCUCGCUGGCAUCCGCCCGAACUCGGCAGAUUUCUACAUCUCUGGAUAAAGUGCACAGCCGCAUCGAGAGGCCAUGCUGUUCGCCCAAGUAUGGGUCGCCUAAGCUACAGCGGAGAGUGUCUUCUGGUUCCACUUCCAGACUGGACGGCGCUUCCUCCAGCAGGGACCGCAGCAUGUGGAGCCUCCAUCAGAGGUCCAUCGGUGGGAGUGGCGGCUCUGCUUGGGCUCGCUCCACUACGACGAGGGACAGCCCCGUCCUGAACGGCCUCACCGACGGCCUCUCCAGCCUUUUCAGCGUAGUGGAGCACUCCGGAAGCACAGAGUCACUUUGGAGGAGUGAAAUAGGGUCAAGCCAGACGGCCAGCCCGGCUCGGCAGCCUCACGCUGCCGGAAAACCCUCCGGCGCUGCUGCUUGCGGAUCCGACUCCAACCCUCAGCGGUAUGGAGGGCUGGUGCAGGAGUUCUUCAGGAAUGUGUGCAGCAGCCGCGGCCUGGGUGGAGCCCCCCUGUCUGUGGACAGAGUGCAGAGAGACUCCCUCGCUGUCCUCGGAGGCGUGGGAGUCUUGGGUGGCUUGAGCAGCGUGGACGAACCCACACUCGGAGGGGCUGCUGCGCUGGCUGGACUGAGUGGAGGCAACGACAGCGUGACCAGGAUUGUUAAUAAGCGGUUUAUGAGGCAGACGACUGGGGAGGAGAUGAUCAGCAUCAUGGGAGGAGGCAAGGAAGGAACGAGCAACAGCGUCGCUGCAGGACCGGGAACUGAGGAUGCACCUUGCGAUUGUGCUACCCCGUCCUCCUGCUUUGUCCGAUCGUCUAGAGCAGCCCCUCGCCCCUGCAAGCACCGUCCGCAGGACUCUCCAGCUGGAGCCGAGGAGAAAGGAGACGCCUGCAACGAGUGACGAGCCUCCCAGCGAACACUCGCACCGGGGAAAUUCACUUCUUCACAAACACGACUGCCUUGGAAACGCUUCCCCGCACCUCCCAGAGCACCAAAUGCACACAAACACCUAGAACCUGCCACGCACACAGGCCCACUGCCAAACAUUAACACGCCGCGUCAGCACACAGCGCAAACUGCCCCCCACAAAGCUACUGCCACCUUCUCUCAAUCAGAACCCCGGAGAUGCCACUCCGGUUUCUAGACGUGCGACCGAUGCCAAGGACUCCGCCAGCAUCCCAAACCUACCAGCGGGACUGAAACCAGAACUGCCAUCUAACACUACAGAUACCAAUCGACAGGUUAAAUAAUGAUGAUGAUGUCAGGACUCAAAACACAACCUCCAACUAACAGAGUAACAGGUACUACGAUCAGUCUGCUAAUACUACACGUUCACAACGAUAUGCUAUAAUGUUACCACCAUCAUGCAGUUUAAUGAGCAGUUAUUUUAGAUAUUAUGUGUAACUUUGGGGGGUAUGAAACACAAGCAGUUUUUUAUUAUUUUUAUUUAUUAUUUUUUUUAUUCAUUCUGGCUGGUCUGAGACAACCGGUCUGUAAAGAGAGACAAUGAAAUGUUUCGAUGAUUUCACAGUGUUGGACCUGCACUUAACUCGCCACGCAGUGUCGGAUUGCUUUGCACAAUUGACUUCACAGAUAAAAAAAAAACGCCACAUCUUAAUGACACAUAGCAGAGUGGCAUACACCGUGUCUUAUUAGUGCAGUAAGAUGUUGAAAACUACUGGGCCGUGUGUCUCAUGAUGACCAGAUUUGAACUAAAAUGAAGAAUGUAGGUACCUAAUGGCUCGAAAAAUGAAACCAUAAAAAUGAUUAUAGAGACUGUGUUUAACCAAUGUUCCUGGAGAGCAAAUGCAUCUUAUGGCUUAGUUUUCUGGUGGCGUCUGUCUUAUUGAACAAUGGGAGCAAAUACAGACAAAGUGGGUGAAAUGAAAGCCAUGACUUUGACCUUCGAUGGUAGAAAUUAUGUCUUUAUUUUUAAGCAGUCGGCCAGAGAUAGACUUGUAUUGAUGUCAUCCUUUAACAUCAGAGCAAACACAUGUACAUAUCUGCUGUGCGCCAUCUUGAAAUGGCUUCUGUUCUGACACACUUUGGGAAUCAUUCCUCCUUGUUGUUAAGUUAAACUAGGAUCCUUUUUGUUAAGCUUAUGGCACAUUGGAUAGAAAUUUAAUUUUUUAAAAAUGUUUAUUUAUUAUGUUGUGGGUUUUUUUUCAGAUUACCCAAGCCAAUGUUGGGAGCAAGAAAUUAAAGGCAUUCCAGUUUUACUAAUAAAUCAAAACGUUUUUUGGGAUCAUAAUCACACUUUUGGGAAAAAUAAACAACCGCGUUGCAAAAGUAUUCAUACUCCUUGACCAUAUAUUUACAUUCAUCUAAUCUAUUGUAGCUCUGGUUGCAUGUUCAUGAUUGUUGUUCUGCUGGAGGGUAAACCUCAACCACAGUCUCAAGUCUUUUGCACCUUCAAGAUUUUCCUGAAAUGUUCUCCGUCAUGAACUUUUAUUAGCUUUAGUAAAAGUUAUAGGUUGGUUAAAAAAAGAAAAGAUAAAGGGCGAUUGGUAUGAAUCCUUUUGCAAGGCAGUGAACUCCACAGUUUAGAUACUUGGAACAGACAGACUAACUGGCCGCUGUCCAAGUCGAGAUAUCAGAGUAAACGUAUUAUCACAAACAUACACCAACACCUAUCUUUCUUACUAAUAAAGCUUAUGAAUUGGUUCAUAGCAUUACAACAGACUUGGAAUCUCUUUCAGGAUUUUUAAAAUGUUAUUUUUAAACAUUUUUUUUAAUCUGCAAAAUAUGACUUUUAAUAUUUAAAUAUCUGAAGUUUAAACUUAUUUGAAACAGAUCCAUUAAUUGAUUUUCUAUAUAAAUAAAUGAAGCUGACAUCCUAAGUUAACUAUAAGAUGGACUACAGAGUUCAUUUUCCUGCAACAGCUGGACAUAAUGGGCAGUAUAAAUCAACACUAACAGAACUGCUGCAAAGCCACAAAGCUUGGUUGUACAACCCUGCAAAUCGCAGAAAUAUGAUGUUGGACAAAAUAUAAAAAUAUACUCUGAAGGACUUUAUACACGAAUCUUGAGUCCAUUACCUUGCCAUGCCCUUUUUUAUGUAUUGGAUUUGCUAUUUAAAUGGCCUGUUGGAUUAUCUGUCUUAUAUUUUGUCACACUAAAACCAGACUCUCUAAUACACACAAACUUCCUUAAUUUGGGAAGUUUGUUUUCUUCAUUAAUGUACUGUAUCCUGCUAAAGCGACAAGAGGCUAACAACUGUAGCUGGAUGUGGCAUAGAUUGCACAUCUGGCAUUUUUAAAAGACAAAGUCCUUUUUCUGGAAUAUCCACUAUUUCACUUUUUAAUUGAUAUUCUGCUGAUCGGUUGUCGAGUCUCUGUUUUGUUACGAUGGUGCUACUUGGUGUGCAGCCUUCUGUGGGCUUUAACAGAAAACCUACCCAUCUUAUGUAUGCACACAGUUUAAUGACUCAGCAGUUUAAAAGUAGGGCAUUACAGAAAGUACAUAUACUUAAAUAACAUGCUGAGGAAAACCCACAGUCUCUGUACUACUGUCUGUCUCGGUUUUAGCCCUCAUUUUGGGUACAGAACCAACUGCAUAAAACCAGCUGCUGCCUCUUCAGCCGCUGACAUGAGCUCACUUAGACCGUUUGGCCUCAAUUUUCUGGCUGUACUUGAUGUCUGACCGGUUUACCAGCUGAACGAUGUUUCUACUGUUUCCAAAAAGCUCAUUUACUAUUCCUUUUUAUUAUUUCACUUUUUUAAAAGCAUUUGCGUUUUAAUUUAAUCUCGAUUUAAACUCAACAAGAAAACACAAUAAAUAUGACUUGAAUAUUUUAUGUUUUCAUUUUCAAUUGAGCUAUUGAACCGUUUUAGGAAAAACGCCUUGGUUUUGUUGCAAAACUCCAAGCUUCACUUUCAACAAGCUAGCACAUUUAGCUGAGAUGUUCAUCUAGCAAAGCCGUCAUUCUGACCACAUUUCUUCCUGAUUGUUACUUAAAGCAAAUCCCUGUUAAAAUAUAUUAAAAUAUUCUACUAUACAAAUCCGACCAAACAAGUUUAACAAUAGGGCUGACUGUUCCUUCAGUGCUGAUUUACAUUAAGAUAUUUAGUAUUUUUCUAGAACCCAAAAUAAACUCAAAGGGCUUUCUGUAAUUAGAUUUUUUUUUUCCUUUUUUUGUAAUGGAAAUUUUUCAUCACAUUAUGAUUCAAAUUACUGCAGCUGUUUGUCCCACUGUUGAAGAGUUAUCCAGAAAUGAUCGUUUUUGACUUUGAUAACUGUUAACUUAAGCUUAUCACUAGAUACUCAUAGAAAAAGUUUAAUUACUUGUCAGUAUGGUAUUAUGGUCCUUUUAUCAGACUGUAAUUGAACUAUUGGAGGCACAAGUUAAUUUUACAUAAGUCAAUGACACUACGCUUCAAUAAACCAAUAAUUUGAGGACUAAUAUUAAACUUUCAAACACAUACAAACAGUUAGCACGCUAACAAGAAAGCCACGGCUCAUAGGAUAUUAUUAAACCACCCAUAAAGGUUUAACUUUUAACUUUCAAAAAUGUUCUGGCUGUAGUUAAAACCCUAAAGACUUAGCAGACAUUAAGCAGACUGCAUCACAAAAUUUAGUGAACAUCUUUAUGCACUAUCUACUGUCUACAAAUAUUGUUUCAUUCUCCAGACUGCAAAAACCCAGACUGAUUAGCGUGCAGAAGAUUUCCAAACACGUUCAAAUAAGAAGCUGUCUUUUUCAAUCUUUCCUUUGCAUUUAUAUCUGGAUCUCAAAGCUAUUAAAACUGUGUGCUACCAACAAAACAGGGUUGUGCUCAAAGCAUUAACAUGAUUGGCUUUAUACACUGCAAACCAACAAACAGCUCACUAUGGCAGGGAUUUAUGGGAUAUUCGUUGUGCUGUUCCAGAUUAGAAGCAACUUUAUAACAUGAUUCCUAUUUUGUAAUUUUAAACUAUAUUUCUGAUUGUCUGCACAAAAGUAAAAGUGGACAGUUUACAGAAUUGUGUUCUACCUCUUGAACUGUAGACUAAAAUAAACACAAAAACUAAAUUCAUGUAAAUCUGCCAGAAAAUGUUCUCAGUGGAAACUCAUGCAAUCUCUACAUACUUGGGUGUUUAUUUUCAACGUCAUUCUGUCAACAAGAGGGUCACUUUAGUGCCUUUCCUCUACAAAAGUGUCUUGUUUUUACUACAACCUUUUCCUUUAUCUGCAUAGAUUCCAUUAUAAAAAAAGCACCACAUCUUAGUUCAAAUAUUCAGAUUAGAUACAUGUCGAAUUAAAUCUAAAAGCUGUAGUGUUUUGCACAAUUGAUAAGGGAUGUAUGAGAUGAGAGCUAAAGUGAACCCUUAGAUAUUAAUAUUUUUGAUUUAUCAGAUUUCCAAGCAAGUCAAAAUUAAGAACAAUAGAACAUUUUUUUCAAUAAAUAUCUGUAGCCUACAAUGUUUUUUCUUUUUUUUGAUGAGAAUAGGUCUAAAUUUAAGAUGGCAUCAUAAUAAGAAUAAUCAAACACAGGGAUGAGAAAAGUUAAUUAUUAUUAUUUCAUUUUUGGUGUCUUCUACAGAAGUAUGCAAACAUCCUGGAUACAUACUUGUUUGAUUUGUGGCAGAAUAAUAAGCAUAUAAUGAUUCUGAUCAUUUUUAAAUUGCAUUACAACAUACAGUGUGGCUCGGUAGAGGCGGACAUCCGUCUGUCCCUAAUCCCUAAAUUGUAUUUCACCCAUUAACUAAAACAUUUUGCAGACAAACAUCACCAGCCAAUGACUUUUUUAAAGGUUCUGGGAUAUCAUCAAUCACCUGUACCCAUUUUUUGGUAAGCCUAGUAAAGCAACAUGAAUAUUUCCAUCCUUUUGUAAUAUUUCCAUACCACUAAUUAGAAUAUUACAUGCUGGGAUUAUGUAAAUUAUUCUUAUCUGAGGUAUUACUUAAGGACAGUCUGUAUAUUAGCUUUAUUAACAUACUAUAAUCUCUUUUUAACAGUGCUUGUUUAAUAAAAGGACAAACGAGUACUUGGUAAAUAAUUCACACCUACAUUGUAAAGCAACAGGAAAGUGAAACGGUUUGUUCCCUGCCCUCCUGUUUCUUUGAGAAUAGCUGAAUGUCAACAGCUGAUCUGACGCAGGUCGCUGUGGAAAUAUGUAGCUCUCCCCUUUUAGAUGGCACGUGAGCAUUUUCAUGUAUAUAGAUGCAGUUUGAAGAUGACUGACGGGAAAAAACACAUGAAAUGAAAUGAAACAAUAGCAAACAUUGAAAGAUGUGAGAAAAGGACGUCCAAAUGGAUUUUUGAAGGUAUUUUUGUUUUUCCGACCGUGGUAGCUUGUAAAAUAAGAUGAAACUGCCUCCUGUUUGUCAUAGAAUUCACAAAUAAACGUGUCAUGGAUUUUGA